AUGCUCGUGGGAAAGUCGGUCCCGGAGCUCAUCCUGGUGAGGUCCAUGGUGAUCUUCUUCCAGUAUCUGGGGUUUCUCUGUUUCCUCUACUUCUGGUUCAUCUUCGCCCUCGCAGGAGUACCCGGAAUCGCGCACCCCUUCUCCAUCUUCGUCGAAGUCGUCGGUGCCAUCGAAAUCCUCUUUUACUUCGCCUUCUACCUGCCCUAUCGCUCUCGCCUUCAGAAGCCAGGUUUCGAAGUGAAACAACUCACCGCUCCGGAACGCAGACAAUUCUUUCAAAAGGGUCUGGACCACGCGCCGGACAUCGAGCAAUACAUCCGGAAAUGGCAUUGCAACGCCCAGAUCGGCGACAUCCGGAGGGAGAAUGUGAAGGACUGGCUGAUGUGGGCGUUGUUCGACAAGGAAGGAAACCCGGGGGAGCAUGACGAUGAACUCGAGGAGUACAUCAACGAUGCCGAGGAGCGCGCGGAAGUCACGAUUAAGAAAGGCUACGGAGACGCAAAGCCGAUGCGCCUCAGCUUCGACCCUAUCGACAUCCGGCAUCGAAGUCUUUUCUUCUACAUGAUAGUGGGAAGCCUCGACGUCUUGGUAUGGAUCGUUCUCGCCAUCAGGGGCUUCAAGUUCUACCGCCAGCCCCGCAAGACCUUCUUCUCGGUCUUUCCCUUGCGUCCGAUGACUCUCUUCGCGCCCAACGAGUCCAACAGCUCGCAACUAAGCUACUUCUGCCGGCCACACACUUCCAAGACGCAGCGCCCUGUUCUUUUCGUCCACGGCGUCGGCGUAGGUCUCCUGCCCUACCUCUACUGGCUCUGGACCAUACCCAAGGACGUCGGCGUGCUGUGCGUGGAGAUCCUCCCAGUCUCUUCGCGUAUAUGCCCGCCUCUCCCACCGACCGACGAACUCGUCGCCGGUAUGGACGCCAUCAUCCAGCAACAAGGCUACAACGACUUCGUCUUCGUAGGCAACUCCUUCGGAACUCUCUUCGCCGCCCCGCUCCUCAAGAAGCCCGACCUCGCAAGACGCAUCAACUCCAUCGUCCUCAUCGACCCCGUGUCCCUGCUCCUCCACCUACCCGCCGUCGCCUACAACUUCACCAGGCGCAAGCCGCGGUGGGGCAACGAGUGGGAGAUCUGGUUCGUGGCCACGGACGCCAUGAUCGCCCACACCCUGGCGCGGCGCUUCCGCUGGCAGGACUUCAUCCUCUGGACGCCCGAGCUGCAGGGGAAGCGCACGACCGUCGUGCUGGGAGGCGAGGACUGCGUCACGGACCCGGACGCCGUCGCCAGCUACGUCUACUUCGGCGACAUGAACUACAGCCGCGCCGACAAGCACGAGUGGUCGACGACGCCGGACCGGUGGUCCGGGCAGGGCGAGCUGGAGCUCAUGUACCUGGCCGGCAUGGACCACGGGCAGGCGUUUCUCAGCAUCAAGCACCUGCCGCGGAUAGCCAACGUGGUGAUAGAGUACACGAAGCUAGACGGAGACAUGGAAUCUAGACACGCGGAGGCCGUCAAAGAGGAAGAGCAGAACCAGAUCUGA